CUUAUUUUUUUCCCCAACAAACACCAACACAACCCUUUCCCUCAUUUCCUCGACUCUUCUCCAUCUUCGGUGUUGACUCAGUUCGAAGAGAAGAAUGGAGCUGAUCACCAAAAUUUCAUCGCCCCUUCGCCCAACAAAUACCUCCAAUCGCCAUUUGUUAUCAUCAUCUUCGCAAUUGUUGACAUGUCGCCGCAAGAAGUAGUCAGCAACAACCUCCAAACGCUACCCGAUCUCCUCCUGUCGGGGCUCUCCAUCUGCUUCCUCUUCUCCUUCUCCGCCGGAGCUACCCUCUUCUCCAAAACCCCAUUUCUCCAUUUUCCUUCCAACCCUCGGCGCCUAUUCAAAAUCCCCACCAUGUCCCUCCACCACCACCACCAGCAGCACCGCUUCCCCACCCCACAGUCCCUCUCCGAGUGGCUCAAGCCUCGAUUGCUCUCCGACUCUCUGGCCUCUUGGGGGGUCAAGCCCGGGACCAAGAACGUCCACAACCUCUGGCUCGAGCUCUCCGAAGGCGAAAGCUCUUUAGCCGAUUCAUCCCCUCCGGUUCGAACGGUUCAGGUUGUGACGGUACGGAUCAUCGACAAUAAAUCCCGGGUUUUGGUCGAAUCCCACCAAGAAUUAUCGGAUGGCAGCGUCAGGAGCCGAGGCCGGCCAUUGUCAGAGAAAAUGAAGCCGGGAGAGGACCACGAAUCUGCGGCGAACCGGGCGGUUAUGGAAGAGCUCGGUUCAAUAUUGAAUUCGGAAAGCAGCGGAAUUGUGAAGAUUGUUCCAGGUUCUUAUGAGAAGAGGGUGGAGGAGCGGCAUUCGAUGUCGUACCCGGGGUUGCCGGCGUGUUAUGUGCUGCACUCGGUGGAUGCUUGGGUGGAGGGCUUGCCGGAUGGUGAGUUUUGCACCGGGGAGGAGCACGAGUAUUCGGAUGGCGGAGCGAUGAGCAUUGCUCACGAGGCUGUGUACGUCAAGAAGCAUUUUUGGAAAUGGGUUAGUCUUGAGUGAUCAACUGAUGAACUUUUUUGUUUUUUUGAUAUAAGGAAAUUGUCUCUUUACAAAUUAACAACGUAGUUCUUGUUAAUACUGUAAAAUACUUGAAAUUUACACAAUACUGUACUGUAAGACGUUGUUUUGAGGCUUUCAGCUGCUAUAUAGUAUAUACUGCAUAAUUGAUGUCUUUGUUCGGUUCAUUGCGAACUGAUUGAUGCAGUUUUCGGGUGCAUGAAUGUCUGAUAACUUUUCCUUUUGGUUAUCAGUGAAGAGAGUUACGAAAUUCGUCAA